AUAAAUUUGACUUUACUGUAGAGUGCACUGUUCUGCACUGUUUAAACACUGUUUGGCACUGUUUAAACACUGUUUGGCACUGUUUAAACAUUGUUUGGCACUGUUUAUCACUUUUUUGAUGUAGAUAAUUUGCCAAAUAAGGAAAGUAUUGAAGUGUGAAGUUAAUUUUGGGACAUCCAUUUAAGGAAAGUGGGAAGUUGUUUUCGGGACGGAGGGAGUACAAAUUAAUAUACACAUCCUCGAAAACAACAUUUAAUGUCUUGAUUGAUUUCCCAUAUUAUCUAACAACAUUAUAAUUAGGAGUGGGGGUUAGUACCCCUGAUUUUUGUCAACACAUUGGAUGCAUAAGGUGUUGUACCUUGUUAUUAGAAAGUGGAACCUAUUUUUCCGGUUGGCUUCUUUACCCUUGCAUACAGUGAGAUUUAACUUCCCCGUUAACUCAGGCAAGCCGCAUCUGCUGCCUGCUUCGUCGACUCGUCGUUGGGGAGACCUAACAAACGGGAGAAAAACCAGCCUCAGAGCUUCCGUCGAUCAUUCAUCUGCUAGCUCAGUUAAUGAUUUGCUUCCAGGUAAUGGUUACCCAACAGCUCGUUGGAAAUUCAAGGGUCGUGCACUUGUGCAUAUGGCUAUAAAUAAUUCGUGCCUCAGCUGACCACAUUCGGGAUUUCUUAUCGUGGCUUAGUCCUGUAAGUUUUUCAAUAUCUUGUCAUUCUAUUUGAUUUGUGCUUAAUUGCAGUACUAGUGUUUGCCUGAUUUGUGUAUGUGGGUGUAAAUAAUACUAGUACUACGUAGGUAGCAAGGCAGAAUCUCUUCCUGGCCAAAAAAACCCAAACCCGAUUCUUUGAUUUCUGAUUUUGAUUGUUAAUUAACGUUCGUAAUUAACGUGGUAACAUUAUGAUUACAGAGGCAGUUAAUUGGUUGUUGUACAGUACGAAGUUGUCUUUCAUUUGAAUCAAAAUAAUGAGAUCUUUGAGUUAUAUGGACUAAGGAAUACACAUUUUGACUUUGUCGUGCAGUACAAAAUUUACUUUUACCACCCGUGUUAUCCCAACUCCCAAGAGUAUAAAGGAAAACUGAAUUCACAUUGUGAAAUGUGAAGUAUAUUUUAUACUCUUUGUAUUGAAGUAUAUUUUCUAUUCCAAAGGAAAACUGAAUUCACAUUGUUGUAUUAGAAAGUUUUUUUCAUUCUCUU